UCUGCCCGUCCGGAACCUUUUUGCUCCACGUGGGGACGCAGGAUGGCGGCGGAGGUGGUGGACGAGGCGGCGGCGCACGACGUGCAGCGGCUGCUGGUGCAGUUCCAGGAUGAGGGCGGGCAGCUGCUAGGCUCCCCUUUCGACGUGCCGGUGGAUAUCACCCCCGAGCGGCUGCAGCUCGUGUGCAACGCGCUGCUGGCGCAGGAGGAUCCCCUGCCCCUGGCGUUCUAUGUCCACGAUGCUGAGAUUGUCUCCUCGCUGGGGAAGACGUUGGAAUCCCAAGCAGUGGAGACAGAGAAGGUCCUAGACAUCAUCUACCAGCCACAGGCUAUCUUCAGGGUCCGGGCCGUGACACGCUGCACCAGCUCCUUAGAGGGUCACAGCGAAGCAGUCAUUUCUGUGGCCUUCAGCCCCACAGGAAAGUACCUGGCCAGUGGCUCUGGGGACACUACUGUUCGCUUCUGGGACCUCAGCACAGAGACACCACAUUUCACAUGCAAGGGACACAGACACUGGGUCCUUAGCAUAUCCUGGUCCCCAGAUGGCAAGAAGCUGGCCUCUGGCUGCAAGAAUGGCCAGAUUCUCCUGUGGGACCCAAGCACAGGGAACCAGGUGGGCAGGACCCUCGCCGGCCACAGCAAGUGGAUCACAGGCCUGAGCUGGGAGCCCCUCCAAGCGAACCCUGAGUGCCGCUACGUGGCCAGCAGCUCCAAGGAUGCCAGUGUGCGAGUCUGGGACACAACUGCAGGCCGCUGUGAGCGCAUCCUCACCGGGCACACACAGUCGGUCACCUGUCUCCGGUGGGGAGGGGAUGGGCUUCUGUACUCUGCCUCCCAGGACCGGACCAUCAAAGUCUGGAGGGCCCAUGAUGGUGUGCUGUGCCGGACUCUUCAAGGCCACGGCCACUGGGUGAACACCAUGGCACUCAGCACUGACUAUGCCCUGCGUACUGGGGCCUUUGAGCCCGCUGAGGCCACAGUUAAUGCCCAAGACCUCCGGGGUUCCUUGCAGGAGCUUAAGGAGAGGGCACUGAGCCGGUACAGCCUUGUGCGGGGCCAGGGCCCGGAGAGGCUCGUGUCUGGCUCUGAUGAUUUCACCUUGUUCCUGUGGGCCCCGGCAGAGGACAAGAAGCCCCUUGCACGCAUGACAGGACAUCAGGCCCUCAUCAACCAGGUGCUCUUCUCUCCCGACUCGCGCAUCGUGGCCAGUGCCUCCUUUGACAAGUCCAUCAAGCUGUGGGAUGGCAGAACAGGCAAGUACCUGGCUUCGCUGCGUGGCCACGUAGCCGCCGUGUACCAGAUUGCGUGGUCAGCCGACAGCCGGCUGCUGGUCAGCGGCAGCAGUGACAGCACGUUGAAGGUGUGGGACGUGAAGGCCCAGAAGCUGGCCACAGACCUGCCAGGCCAUGCAGAUGAGGUCUAUGCUGUCGACUGGAGUCCAGAUGGCCAGCGAGUGGCGAGUGGCGGCAAGGACAAGUGCCUCCGGAUAUGGAGGAGAUGAAAAUUCCCAAAGUUCUUCUGGACCCAGCCUCUUCCAGCUGCCUGGGCCGACAGAGCAAAGGCCGGGGUGGCAGUGGACAUACCUGCCCCACCAUUGGUGGCUUCCAGUCCUGGACAGACCCCCUCGGAGUCUCCCCAUGGGUCCCAUGGCUGUGGCCUGCCCCAGAGGUGGGAUCAGUCAAGAGAAGUUAGCAGUGAAUUCGGCCGUGGGCACCACUGUGCUCCUCACUAGUGGGGCAUGGGGGUGCAGUGCCAGGCUCUGUGGGCUUCCACUGCUGGCCCUGCCUCCUCCUGUGCUCAGGUCAGGCCCCAGGUUCUGUGCCCAAAUAAAUUACUUAUGUUUUGUGUUUGAGUUACAA